CGCAUCUGCGCCUUCUUUUUUCCCAUCAAGAAAGUCAUGAUCAGUUAUGGCUACUGGUUCGGAUGUCUUGCUGGAGCAGUUACUGUUCCAGGUCGCUUUGGCAGAUAAUAAUGGUUUCUCCAUCACAGCAUUGAGCGAAGCUUUUAUCGAGUUUAACAACAACGCUGCUGAAGUCGACGAGGGAGUUGAAGAUAACGCCGACGACGGGGAUCUUCUCUUUUCGCUGAAACCUCCCGGUGCAAACUCGACUGCACAUUCUCAAGCUUCGGAUCCACAGCAUCUCGAAAAGCUUUGGACCUGGCUCGUCAAUCAUCCUGAUGUUACCGUCGUCAAGACUCCAUCAUCCUCUUUCUCCACGGACAAUCAGAAUGGAAAAUCUACCGCACCUGAUCCUUCCAACCCCCUUACCCCUGUUUUCGCUGCCCAUGUCAACGAGAGACUAUACACCACCGAGCAUCGAGUCUGGCAUGCCUUGACCGACCACGAUGUCGACUGGAAGCGUAUCCCGAAGCUCGAAUUUCUCUGUCUCCAAGUCAUCGCCGCCGCCGGACGUGGAGGUGUACUCCAACCAGAUGUCACCAGACUCACAGGACAAGACAAGCGUUCCGUACCGAAGCGAACCGACGCCCUCGCCAGCAAAGGUUACAUCACCAAGGAGAUGUGUCUCGGUGGUGGCAUCAAGACCAGUCUCCUUCGUCUCAAGAAGCUGACUCAAGAACCCACUUCAACCUUCUACGUGGUCAAAGGAGAGGCUGGCAAAGGCGAAGGUGGCACUCGUCGUAUGGUCAACUACGAGCAAUGGUUCAGCGAGGUCAUGGUCACUCUCAAGAAGCAUGAAGGUCUCAUCGCAUAUGAAGACUUGCGCAAGGAGAUGGGCAUCCAUGGACUACGCUGGGAGACACGAGCUCUGCAUCGAUGCAUGAAGAGACUCGAAAGAGUAGGUUGUAUUCAAAGACUUCGAGCUCGUUUGGAGGGUGAACGUCCCAAACAAGCGAAGCGACAAGCAGAAAGCACCAAAGCACUUGAGCAUCGCUACGACAUCAACCCCAAGGCACCUACCGCGAAAGACGACGACGAGAAGACUGAACAUGAUCCCGACAAUGUCUUUUGGGUCAGAUGUAUCAAGCUGAUGCGUGAUCCUGUCGACAAGGACAAGGAAGCGUUUGUAUCCACUAUCAAAGUUGGCAAACAAGGCAAGGUUGUUGAGGAUCAGGAAUCCGACGCUGAAGCCGAUGCCGACGAUGAUGACGACUAUGUCGAGAUUGAUGCCGCAGCCUUGGAUGGACUGGGUAAGAUGACAGAAACAGCCAAGCGUGUGCCUCCUCAAUGGCAGCCAGAUAUGCACCACACCCAGUUCUUCCAGCAGAUCAUCGCCAGCGCUGGAACUAAAGGAUUGAGCACGAUGGAUCUGGCCGAUCUCGGUUUGGGUCACUUCUGGAGACGUCCCCUUGACGAGAUCAUGGGCAGACUCACAGACGUCUGGACUGUAUCCCAACCUCUCCAUCUUCGUCACCUUGCCAUCGUCAGAGAUACAUCUCAAUUACACCGCAUCUCCCACUACGUCUUCCGAAGCUACGAAAACUUCCAAAAACUGGUGAAGAAUGGUGACGCCGCCUGGGAGGCUAUUGAAAUCAAGCCCGGAGAGAUAGAAAGAAAGCCUGAUCUCGACGCUUGGGGCUUCCCUAAAGUCAAGGCUUCGACCAUUGUUGGCCAUGAUGGCACUCACAACGUUGCUGCCUGCAAGAAUAUUCUUGUCAGAUCAAAGGCCAAGCCCAGCAAGAGACCGUUAUGGGAAAAGAAGGCUAUGGCGACUAUGAGUCCGUUGGCCAGUAUGAGCGCUCUGAAGACACCAAGAGUUCAAGCCACAACUUCUGACCUCCCUUCCUCAGCUGCACAGCCAGUCGCCUCUGUCGAGGAAGAAGAGGAAUCUAUCAUCGCCACCGCUUAUCCACCCAAGAAGAAAAAGGUGUACAAAGUCAUGUUCAAGAUGAACCCGAAGCGUGUUGAAGCUGAGCUUAACGAGUGGAAAGUCAGGUCACACAAGCUUGCCGUGUCAAGAGCUAGGGAAGAGCUUGGCUUAAAUGUCAAGAAGGAUCCUCCGAAGCCCAAGAAACGUCGCAAGUCGACCAAGGCUGAAGAAAAUACUGCUGGACCUGUCAGUCAAGCCGUUGUCCCCGCUACCGAGACAGCACAGCAAGACGCGACUGCUCCGAUGGCUCCAGAGAAACCGUCACCCACCAACCCGCCAGCCGAUCAGCCCGAUCAGCAACUCAACCAAGAAGGCACUGAAACCUCAAAUCAGACCAUCGAGAAGACACCAGCCAACCCAGAACUCAAGAAGCGUGUGGCUGAGAUCGAGCGUGAGAUCUUGAGCAAGGCUAAGCCUGGUGCCUACAUCAACCCUCCAGGCUCUGGUCAAAUGAAGAAUGAUGUAGUCCAGCCAAAGGGACGUCCUUCAAGAUACCUCAUUGCUGUAUUCAAGUCUGAGAAGCUCAAGGCUCUUCCAUGGUUCACUGAAGAAGAAAUCUUCCAUGAAGCAUCCGCUACCCCGGAGCCAAGCUUCGCUAUCUCCCAGCCUACUACUCCAGCCACUACAUCUGCUACUCCAGCAUCUGUACCUGCGAUAAUGCAGAAUCAGAUACAACCAGAUGUGACUCCGAGAUGGACUACCAUGAAUUCGGCAACACCAGUGCCCUCAGAACCACCCGCACUUGCCGAGCCUGAAGAGUCCAGAGAAGAGAUUGUCAUCAAGAGAGGUAGAAGAAUUCAGAUUCAGAGGCAGGGCAAGCGCAAGGCCUACGAACCAUUACGACAGAAAGUCGUGAAAAAGCUUGCAGUCGAGCAGUCAGUUGAUGAGGGCAAGUGGAGGCCACUCAAUGAGCUUGAGGUGGCUUUUGAUGCAAGCUCCGCUCAAUCACCGCCAAGCACGCCUUCAUCCAGGAGAGCAGUGCCAGUUCCGCACACACCAUCUUCUACUGUCUCGAAGUUGUCCUUCGGCACUCCAGCAUCUGUCGCUGGUUCAUCUGACAUUUCCAUGGAAGACAGCUCUGCAGUGGACUUGCUCCUUCAGCGGGCUGACAGUGAAGCCUACGAGCCCGAGGGGUCCGAAGCUGCUACUGAAGAGCGUCAGGCAUCAGUUGGCGCUCCCGAUACAGAUGUGCAAAUGGACGACGCCGCUUCCGUCGAUAACACAGAGCAGCCAGCUGUACCAAAAGAAGCUAUUGUGGAAGAAGUCGAAGAGCCUACCGAGCCUGUUCCCCAGGAGCCUCAAUCCAACCACGUCACAACAGCCCAGAGGAUCCUGGAGCCAUUCUUCAAGAGAGCUGCAAAGAGACCCGAUGCGCCAAUCUUUGUUGAAGAGGGUGACGAGCACACUGGCUCACCAAGCACUCCUGCUCCGUUCUCAAUCAAGAACCCCCCUCCAUCAGCAGCUACGCUUGCUCGUGCCAUCAAUCGUGCCAAAGCUCCUACAAAGGUGGGUGUUGGCAGAUCUGGAGGUAUCGUUAGCUACAACCGCAACAGAGUGAUUCUCGAAAUUGUACACCAGAAUGGUGGCAUUUUCGGUGGUGACAGAGAACUCUUCUACCCUUUCGUCACGAUAUGGGAUAGAGAGUUCCACCGUAGACCUGAUCGUCACACGCUGGACAGAGUCCUUGCUGGUCUGAUCGAAGAGGGCAGAUUGAAGAAGGAGCAUUUCACCUUCUCGUCCUCUGAAGGAAAGAUUGUCACCAAGGCGGUUGUCAUGGAACCGGAAAUUGACCCCAACUCCUCGGAAGUCCAAGAACUCAAGCAACAGAUCAUCAAAUCUUACCCUAUGACCUACAUCCCAGAGUCGAUUGAGAUUUUGCCUGAGCUUCGCCUUCGCAUAGAACACGACUUGCGAGGCGGCAAGGGCAUACCCGAUGUCCACAACCCCAACAGCUCUUUCAUCUAUGACCCCACUGCUACUGUCACGCGUAUUCAAGGACCUCAGAAGGUACAACUUGGUAUGACAGAAGCGAGAAUGAAGAAGGGCGUGUCAGCCAGAAGACACAGACGUGAAGAGGAGGAAAGACGUCAACAGCGAUACAUGCAAGCUCAGAUGGAAGAAGACAUCGACAACGCUGUGGCUGCUCUGACGACUGAGAUUCAACUCGACUCAUACCAGCACGAUCCGACAAGGGCGGUUAUUGACCGUGGCCCACGUGGUCGUGGAAGACUUGCCAAGUUGCAACGAUGGGGCGCGGAAGAUCAACAUAUUCCAAGACGUGCUCUCGGUCUUUUAACCACCACUGGACGCGAUGACCAACUCGAAGCCGAGCAAAACAGCCGUGAUGCAGUGGCAGCCAGCGACUUUGGCUUGUUGAGGCCCGAGAGGAUUCCGACAGUUCCAUCAAGAGAUGUGCCGAAUGCUCCUCAAGUCCGCUUCGACUUGCCGAACGAGCCUUCACUCGUCCAAUUGUUGCAACAGAGACAGGCAGGCACAUUCAGUGUUAUUGACACUUUGUCCCUGACCAGUCCUUAUCAGCGAUUCCACCGCCAAUCGGGCACCUUCUCGACUGACCCUGUCGUCAUCACCACAUCGAGCGAGCGCUCACAGUAUGGCUUUAUCGGUCAGCAGAUGCAGAUUCCCAAGUCACUUGCAGACAUUUUCAAGCAAGCAGGAGAGGAGGCAACCAUGCUCGAACUACCUAACCAGAGCCCGCAUGUGGGAUACGAGCUGCCACGAUUCGCAGCUGUCGGAGUCACUAGACUUCCCAGACUCCACACUGCCAGACCACGCCCACCACCAAGACCUCAACCACAGUACAAGUCAUAUGGCGCCAAGGCGGUAUUGCCACGUUCGAGCAGGACUGGCAUCUUCUCAAUGUCAGAAAAGGAAGAGCAACGUCUCAUAUAUGCUGUUGUGGUGGUCAAGACACUUACUGGAGGUUUGGAGCAGAUUGUAAACUGGGGUCUUGUCCAUCAAGUGUUUCACUACAAGUUUGACCCCAACUACUGCCGUCAUCGUUGGGUGUUUCUCAGACCAAAGCUCGGUGGUACAGCAGACAAGUUGCAGGUCGAGUUCCAGAAGCUGUUCCUCGAGGCGUACGAGAGUGGUGAGGUACCUGGCAUUGACUUUGUCGAACCAGAAAAGUACGACUGGCUGGGCAUUGUUGAGUGGGCCGAAAGAAGACUCUCUCGCUCAAACCCUCUGAACGGAAUGCCAGACCUGCCCAAGAGUCGUGAGGUCUUGGACAAACGCUUCGAGGUUAGAAACGCUACCGAAGUCUACAAUGUCCCGAGAGAAGACUACUGGGUCGCAAACGUCACUCAUCUGCGCAGAGAAGAGUUGGCCAACAGCUGGACCUUCUCCCGUCCACUCGCAGCAGCUCCAAAGCCUGUUGUUGAGGAUGGAGAGCUCAUGCUGGCUUUGUCUUGGGUGCGCGCCAAUGUUGUCACGCCUGACGCAGUCUAUGACAGUAACCGAGCCCACGAGAAGCUCAUCCAGAUUGAAUUGGACCUUCCGCGUGCACUGGACCAUCUGUUGGGAGCCAAGAUUAUCCGCAUGGAGAACAAGGGCCGCCAAAUUCCUGGACGCAAUUACGACAUUUCUGAUCAAGUCUUGACAAUGUUCAAACGUCAAUGGGAUGUUCGCUACUUGAAGAGAACUGCAGCAUACAAGAAGAUCAUCGACGAAGCUUUCGCCAAUGAUGGAAAACUGGCCAUUAGCUACCAAGCUUCUGAUGCUGAGAUGACCGCCAUGACCAACCUCGUCGCUGCUGGUCGCGCCAAGGUCGUCCCUAUUUUGCCCGAGGUCAACCACACAAUGGGUGCUGCAUACCCUCGCCUGACCAAAUGGGGCUUCACCGAGGGCAACUACAAGACCGUCCACAUGGACAAGUCACGCCUCCACUUCCUCCUCGAACUCUACCCAACCGACCUGUACAUCCAAGGCAUCCCAAUUGCACCCCUACCCGCCCCUCCACUCUCCAAACAAUUCCCGGGCGAACUCGGCCCUCGCCUCCCCCUAUGGACCGACAUUCACGGUAACCUCAUCAAAGUCUACUGGGAAAUGACCGUCAUGGCUACGCUCUGGCUUUUGGCCUUCAGACCGGGUCUCAAGAUCCAAGACAUGAGUAAAGGUGCUUACAAAGGGAAGCUCUGGGAUUGGGAGUUGGAGAUUUUCUUGACUUGGGCUGAGAAGGCUGGAUUGGCCAAACGAAUGAGAUAUGGAGGAGGUGAAAAAGGUGGAGAUGAGGACAAAGAGGCUGAUGGCUGGGUUGUGCAAGAGUGGUGGUGGUUGGCUUUUACUACUGAUUGAUCAGCGGCGGUGGACGAUAGAAUUGCUUAGUGAGAGAUGGGAAUGGCACAUGGGCUUUGCUUUUUGCUGUUGCUGGUGGAAAAGAAAGAAUGUUCAUAGAAAACAAACACGCAUAGCAUAGCCACUUCCUGUAUUUUCUAGACGGUAGAGAUGUAUUAACUUGUACAAACUCAUCACACUUCCC